GUUUAAGUUGGUGGUGGGCUAUACUUUUGAUUACACGUCCUUGUCAAGUACAGAAAUGGUGAGACACAAGGAAAGCUACAGUUACAGCUACAGCGGCAAGAACAGCCAAGCCCAGGACUAUAAUCCAAAAGAGGUAGAAGAUGAUGUGGGGCAAGGGAAGCUUUACUCUCCAGCAGCUGCGAUCAACCAUAGUCGCGAUGCCCGAAAGCAAGGGAAGAAAGAGGAGCAGGAGGAGGAGAGAAAGAUGCGGACGAUAAUGGAGAAGGUGCUGGAGAAGCUUGGAGCUGCUAGUUCCGUCCCUAAAGAAGCAAUCGACGACUUCCGCCAGUUCCUGGAGAGCGUGGUGAACGAUAUCAGCGUUGCCGCCCAUGGCCUCGUCACGAAAGAUGGUCUCGACCGGAUCAAGACCCGCCUCCUUGACAUCCUCCCCUCCUCCCUCGCUUCCAAGUUGGUGGAUGAUGCGGAGAAGGAGGCCAAUGAUGAAGAUGACGCUGCAACAGCAGUAGAAAGUCGCCGGCGUGAUGAUGAGAAGGCUUCGGGUACUUGUGAUAAUUGCAGCACCCAGUCUUCGCCUUCCUCCAGGCUUUGAGGGAUACCGCACCGCCUGGUGAUCAACAGUUUCCAGGAUAUAUGUAUCGUGUCUUGGGGAAUUUAAGGAUACAAAACCAGUGUUGGCUAAAUCGUAUCGGCAGGUCCGACUGGAAAAUGGACUACCGUGCUGUCUUCUUUUGGUAUUAGAAAGUGAAAAAUGAAAAAGCAUUAGAUUACAAAACUGAAUGGUUAAUGGUUAAAGGUCGUCCUAAAAAUUACUAACCAUCGUCCUAAUGUAAUUUACCGAAUUGCCCAUUUUGAAUUUCAAAAUCAAACACAAAACAAACAACCCUCCCCUUCCAUAAAUCUAAAAAAAUAUAAACCAAAAUCCAACAAAUUAUCUUAUGGACC